GCUUGACAAUACAGAUGCGGGUCUUUCGGUGCAGCUCACAUCUUGAGAAAAAUAAUCGCUCACGCAUUCGUAUACCAAAAGGAAAGGAUCGUCCUCACACAUACCGGCCGCAUAAAUAGUCCAGUCGAGCCAAGGAAGGCAGCCACCCACGAACAGAAUACAACCCACCCAAACCCCCCACCCUCACAAAUACCGACAUCUCCCCUACCCGAUGUCCCCGCCCGCCUUCCAUCAAUGCAUCACUCAGUCGCCCCUGACCCGCCCGCCAACUUGGCCCACUGUCCCUUGAGCAGGUCAUGUACCAGUGGAUCCAUGUUGUACAUUGCGCUGUGUCCACGAGAGGAGACGAGCUGAUUGCCCUCUCCCCAGGGGCAUAGCUGGCCCAUAAGAGACUCUUUCCCCUCUCCCUUCAGAGAGCUGCUGGUGAAGGGGUUCCGGCACCAAGAAACAGGGUCGCUGGGCGCAAAGUGGGACACGAGAAAGCAGAGGUAACUGCACGAGUGAGCCAUGUCGCUCUGCAGCGGCCCAAAGUCUCUGCCGACGUCUUGUUGCUUGAUGACGACCCUCCCCUUCCAGUCCGUGUAUUGCCACACUUCUUUGUAUGCAGACAGCAGGCCGUCGAGCAGACCGCUCCUGCCACCCUCAUUACCAUCAGCAUCAUCACCACUGCUGUCGGCGGCCUUGAAAGUUGUGUCCGCGAGACCGGGGGGCGAGGUGCACGGCAGCUCCAGACUGCACGGACUCAUUGUGAUCUGUGGGUCAGGGGAGCGCAAAGGUGAAUGUGUCUUGAUGUGUCUUGAUGUGUCUGGAUGUGUCACGUACCGCAUCAUGUUCGAAUUCUAUGGACCUGCACACACAUGGAGAGACGUUAAGACCAACGCAUAUGUAUCUCUCUCUCUCUCUUCAUGUCUUCCGACCUGGCGUUGACGAGCUGAGACAACAGAGCCACAAAAUGCCGAUCCCCUCCUCUUGGCGAGCCGUAGCCAACAAAGUCGACCCGAGGCGCAUUGUCGAUGAAGGCCGCCGCCAAGCCCAAGGACACAAAGCUGGCCACAACGCCUCCCAGACUAUGGCCGGCGACGACCACCCUUUGAAGCGCGCCAGAGGCAACUCGAGGCUCAAGAAGGGAGAACAAAAAAGGAUAGAUGGCCUUGUAGAUAGAGUAAUAACCGCUUCGGACUCCCCCGUUCGCACUGGCCUUCGACUCCCCUAAGAAGGGCAGAAGGGCGUCGAGCAGGCCCGUCAAGCUCUGGAGCGAUGGCUCGUCGAGUAGCUUCUUCUGCUUCACGUGGCGCUCAAGUCGGGCCGCUUCCUCGGUGGUGAAGAAGUCCACCUGGUCCGUGGCUGCGGCCAGACGAUAGUCCGUCGCAGAGAUACUCCCCCUGACAACGAUGAGCACCUGCACGCAUGGAUACACCGUACACAUGCCAGCGGGUCAGACAUUGGAGAGGGAGGCCAUACCGAACUUCCGUCGUCCUUCUCCACAAUCCACAGAAAAGGCGAUAUCCCGUGUGGACUGGAGGGUGUUUCAGCUGACGGUGCGACCAGACACGACAAAAGAGAGUCUCUCUGUUUUUCCCCAUUCGCCCCUGGCUUUUCUCGCAAGCACACGCCUGCGCACGUACCCGGCUGUUCGAUGUGCAGCACAUCCACAGUGCUCCAGCCGUCCAUGGGCUUGUCAUCCAGCUCCCACCCCUUCUCUUCACCGCAGUUGGUCACCGCAUAGAGAUUGCGUAUCAGCCUUUGUUUCACCAGACACCACACACACAAUGCGACCUCCGAUCGGUAGAGAUACAUCCUGCUUCCCUCACCUGAAGAGGAUGUAGUAGGCCAAGCCCUCUCUGGCCACGACAUCAUGCGGGAUGAUGUCAGGGAUCGCGCCAGACAGGUCGUCCAAAUGAAUGUCUCCAUCCCAGUCGGACGGCAGGGUUGGCUUGCGAGGCCCGAUGACGCCCGGAUGCUUCAGAAUGUCCUGAUACGUCAAAGAUGACCACUUACACCCGACCGCUGCGGCAAUGAAAACACAGGCAUUGAUGAAGAGCAUGCUGAACGCCCCCCUUCCCUCUUGUGCGUGGCAUUCCAUACAUUCGAUGCCGCAACUAAAGGCCUGACAGAUUCCUGGUACGUUAGCAGGGUUGGUGAUGCGCUGCUUGGCUACACAGGAGCAUAUCAAAUCGAACUUGCUGCAGAAAGGACGAGAGCAAGCUCAUACAACAUGGUCGCGACAAAGAAAAUGCAUCAACCUUCGGCCUGGCCCCUCUGUCUUCAGCUAAUGCAUGAUGCUCACCGUCGCAAAUCAAAGACAGCUUCUGGCUGCGUGGUCGACUCUUCGCCAUGGCCGCCAUCCACCCCCCCUGAGCCCUCUCCCUCCUUCCAAGGCUUGAGCAAGGCCCCCUUGGUGACACACUUGGACACCUAAACAAAGCAAGGAAAUGUCAGGCCAGGGAAUGAAGCCACACAGGAAGAAGUGCAGUACUGCUUCCUGUUUGCACCUCCAUGGCCGGCCUGGCGAUCCCUGGGGCACUGAAACAAGUUAAUAACUCGCCUGUUUCUGCCGAGGCGCCGCACUGCAAAGGCGGGGACGGGAAGCUCUCCGAGCUCUCCAGAACGACCUUGGUUAGUGCGAGGAGGCCUGCAGGCAGCCACAGAGAGGAGAAGCUUUUGUUCGUUGACUUUCCCUUUUCCUCUCUUGUUUUCCUUACCAGCUGGAAGCUGCGCCAGCAACAGGCACGCAAAGGAAAGCACGAGGCCUGCCAUAGAUUCCAUUUCGG